AUGCAGUUACAGAAGAGAGUGAGGCUAUCCAUCCAUCUGAUUCGACCAGCCGCCGAAGAACACAAGACAAUGCGGUUGCCGAAUUGGGGACAGAGCUUGGCAGGCUGGCAGUUGGAGAUGGACGCAGCAGAUAUAUCAGUAGCAGUUUCUGGGCAAGUCUAG